AUGGAGAAGCGUCGCACCAAGAAGGUGGGAGAAGCGACGCCAGGUCUUCUCCCAGCCAGCAUCCAGGAGGGUCGCACGAAGAAGACAGGAAGAACGAGUCCCACCACAGCCACGGGGCCAGAGACGAGAGUUCACGUAGCCAUGGAGGAGAUGGCUCGCCUCAGCGAGGUAGGAGCAGCGGUGCCAUGUCUCCUCUCGGCCAUAGCCAUAGCCACAGCCACAGCCAUCCAGAACAGUCGCACCAAGGAGACAGCAACAGCGAAUCCAACCACAGCCGGGGAGCGACCCACGAGAGUCCCCGCAGCCACGGAGGAGAGCAGCAGUCGCCUCAGCGCGACAGGGGCAGCGAAGCCAGGAGGUCACCUCCAGGUCACAGCCGCAGCCGCAGCCGCAGCCGCAGCCGCAGCCGCAGCCCCAGCCACAGCCGCGUCGAGCCGUGGAGCCAGCCAAGACGAGGAUUCCGGGCAAAGCCCUACAGGGAGCUCAGUCCUCUCCGUUCCCAGCCUGGAGAUUGUGGCGUGGUGGAGGAUGCACAAGCAGCCCAUCGUUCCGAAUAUGGAGAGCAGUCGGCCGAGCGCCCCGGCCAGGAAAGAAGUCCGGACCUAUAAGUAA